AUGGAUAGAGGAAAAGGGAAGGUAUUUACUUCAAAGCCACCAAAUUGUCAACUGCAGAAGGUGUAUGAAUUAAUACAAAAUGGAAAGUGGAAUGUGGAUAAGAUAAAAGCAGUGUUUAGUGAAGAAGAUUGCAAGCGUAUCAUCAGUAUCCCACUCAGUAUCUGCAAUGGAAAAGACAAACUAGUGUGGCCAUACUCAACUACAAGAGUGUCUACUGUUAAAACUGGAUAUAUGGUUGCAAAGAAGAUCCAAAAGGAAAAAAUGGAAAGGAUACAGCAAGAAGCGAGCAGUUGUAGAAAUGAGCAAAACACUAAAGUCUGGAAGUCUUUAUGGAGUCUAAAUAUGAAGCAGAAGCUCAAACAUGUCGUAUGGAAAUGUUUACAUAGAAUAAUCCCAGUGAACAAGGUGCUGAAGAGUAGAAUAGGAAAAGAAGAUGAUAAGUGCAUGUGUUGUAGAGAAGGUAAAGAGAUAAUUGAACAUAUGUUUUUCUUUUGCAGACAUGCUGAGAUGAUAUGGAAAACGGCUCCAAUUAAAUGGGAUGAAAUCCAUGAGUUUGGAAAUAAGUUUUGGUUGUGGUGGAAUAGCAUCCUGGAAGCCAAGGAUAGAGUUGAAGGAAAGGAUCAUAUUAUACUAACAGUAAAUAUCCUAUGGCAGAUUUGGAAGUCAAGAAAUCAGAUACAUUUCAAUAGGAAAAGAAAGUGUCUAGGUUCGAUAGUUAAUGGGGCAAUGCAGGAAUGGUUUGAAUGUCAGAGUGUACAGAGGGGGAAAGUAGAUGAAGAAUAA